AUGCCCGACCAGCAAACCCCAACCAUCCCCGCCACCGUCACCGUCACCGCCACCUCCCAGCCAGUCAUCACCACCACCCAGCAACAGUCCCAGCAUCAUAUAGAGGAAUCCAGCAACUCGGGGACGGCGGCGUCGUCCCGCCCGACAGGCGCCGGGGUCAACACGGGUGCUGGGACCACCAGGGAAAAGACGGAGGCCGAGCUGGAGGCGGACAGGCGCUAUGAGGAGGCCAUGGAGGACGAAUAUGCUAAGCGCGAGGGUGGUGCUGGCAAUGAGUUGCAGCAGCACAUGGUCGGCGACUGA